AUGUUCAUGAAAGCUAGUGUCGAAGAACGACAAACGUUAGCUCUGAAGUUAUCACUGUGCUGGAACUGUCUGCGUCCAAGCCAUCAGAAAAAUCAAUGUACUAUGGAUAAAGUAUGUAAGGUGUGUCAAGCGAAACACCAUACGUUGUUGCAUUUACCUGAAUCCACGGUAGACAAUAGUAACGUGAACACACCUCCGGCAACAUCAUCUACAACCUUUGAAACCAUAGCAGCCCAUGGAACAUCACGUUCACUGUCGUUAGUACUUCUGUCUACGGCGUUGGUACGUGUACAUGGACCUAAUGGACAAAAUGAACUGUGUCGUGCGCUGUUGGACUCUGCUUCACAAUCACACUUUAUUACCAGCUCAUUAGCUACUAGGUUAGGUCUAGAAUGUCAUAGAUCAACCAUUGUUGUGGGAGGGAUCUCCAAUGCCACUACUAAUGUGUCUGAAGUCACAUCAUUUCGUAUCGCAACAGAUAUCAGCUAUACGUUAAAUGCACUGGUCGCUCCAUGUGUCACAGUGGAUUUACCUACCACAAAAUUGAAUGUUGAUCAUUGGACACAUCUACAAGACUUCUCUUUAGCUGAUCCACUAUUUCACACACCAGGAAAAAUUGAAUGA